AUGGAAGUUUUGGACGGAAUCAUCGCUGCGGUGAUGAUCUUGCUCAUCAUCUAUUGGUAUCUGAACAAAAAGCACUCCUACUGGGCCGAUCGGAAGGUACCUUACCUAAAACCGGAAUUUUUCUACGGCAACAGCCGCACCUUGCAAAGGACAGAAUCGGCUGCAGACUUGUUUCAACGGAUCUAUCGGCAGCUGAAGGGUUUGGGCCCGUUCGGUGGAAUUUUUAUGUUCACCACGCCGAUCGUCAUCGCGACCGAUUUGGAACUGUUGAAGCGUAUUUUCGUGAAAGACUUUCAGUAUUUUCAUGACCGAGGAAACUUCUGCAAUGAGAAAGACGAUCCACUGUCGGCGCACAUGUUCAAUUUGAAUGGGAACAAAUGGAAGGCACUGCGGAACAAACUUUCUCCAACGUUCACUUCCGGCAAGAUGAAAAUGAUGUUUCCGACGAUCGUGGCAGCUGGAAGGCAGUUCAACGAUUUUAUGGAAGAAAAUGUUAGAAAAGAGAGUGAGCUGGAGUUGAAAGAUCUACUGGCGCGGUUCACGACAGACGUCAUAGGAAUGUGUGCUUUCGGUAUCGAGUGCAAUUCGAUGAAGGAUCCCGAUGCACAGUUUCGCGUGAUGGGAAGGAAAAUCUUUAAACCGAGUGGCAAAGUGAAAGGAUUUCUAACGACCUCCAUGCCGGAAUUGGCAAGAAAAUUGGGAGUUACGAUUGUGAAUCCGGAAGUAUCUGACUUCUUUAUGGGAGCCGUUCGAGAAACAAUCGAUUACCGUGUGAAAAACAACAUUCACAGAAAUGAUUUUAUGGAUUUGCUGAUUCAGAUGAGAUCUCCAGAUGAGCUUAAAAGUGAUGAUGGGCUGCUUUCGUUCAACGAAAUUGCUGCUCAGGCAUUUCUAUUCUACCUAGCUGGAUUCGAGACAAGCUCGACCCUGCUGACUUGGACUCUGUACGAAUUGGCAGUAAAUCAGGAUAUUCAAGCGAAGGGUCGCCAGCACGUGCAGGAUAUACUUGGGAAGCAUGGUGAAAAUAUGACCUAUGAAUCGAUAAUGGAUAUGGAAUACCUAGAGCAAAUUCUGAACGAGGCCCUCCGAAAGUACCCUCCUGUUCCUGUACACUUCCGUAUAACUACCAAAGACUAUCAGGUUCCAAACACCAAUACAGUCAUCGAAACAGGAACUCGUCUCUUGAUCCCGGUCUAUGGAAUUCAUCGUGAUCCGGAAAUUUUCCCGAAUCCGGAGCAGUUUGAUCCGGAUCGCUUCAGCCCGGAAGAGGUGCAAAAACGCCAUCCAUACGCUUGGACACCUUUCGGAGAGGGUCCUCGUAUUUGCGUUGGUCUUCGGUUCGGUAUGAUGCAGGCUCGCAUCGGAUUGGCUUACCUGUUGAAGAAUUUUAGAUUUGCGAUCGGCGAAAAGUGCACCGUUCCGCUGCAAUAUGACGUGACCAGUUUUGUAUUGGCUCCGAAAGGUGGUCUGUGGCUUAAAGUAGAAAAAAUUUGA